CUGCUGGAGCUGGCAAGAAUGAGAAUUACCGGCUGUCGGAUGACAAGAAGAACGGUGGCGCCGUUUCGGGGCUGUUUUCGGGGCAGGCCCAGCGGGGGCUGCGCGAGCUGAGCGAGGCCCAGGCCCGGGAGCUGCGGGACGGCCGGAGCCAGAGAGAGAGGCUGGAGAGAGAGCUGCGGGUGUGCUCAGGUGAGCGGGACGAGCUGCGCCAGCGCCUGCACGAGGCCGAGGCCGCCCAGGAGCGGCUGCGGGAGGAGCAGGAGCAGCAGCGGGGGCAGCUCCAGGAGGAGCUGGGCCGGCUGCGGGCGGCGCUGGGGGAGGAGCAGCGGCUGCGGGAGCUGCACGAGGCCGAGGGCCGCGCCCUGCGGCAGGAGCUGAAGGACGUGCGGGACGGGCAGCGCAUCCUGGAGAAGAAAGGCAGCGCCGCCCUGAAGGAUUUGCGGCGGCAGCUGCAGCUGGAGCGGCGCCGGGGGGAGCGGCUGCAGGAGCGGCUGCAGGAGCUGCUGGUGCCCAGCAGGGGGCGCUCGGGGCUGGAGGAGCUGGGGCUGGACGGAGGCUCCCCUGGCGGGGGCCCGGGGGACAGCAGCUCCGUGUCCUCAUUGGGCCGCGACGGCUCCGCCCCCGGCAGCACCAAGUCGGGCUCGGGCAGCCCCGGGGGCGGCAGCGGCGGGGGCCCGGCCGGGGGGGGCCUGUCCCCCGCAGAGGUGGCCGAGCUGUUCCAGCGGCUGGCGCAGAGCCAGCAGGAGCGCUGGCUGCUCGAGGAGAAGGUGAGGCACCUGGAGGUGUCGAGCGCGUCCAUGGCCGAGGAUCUGUGCAGGAAGAGCGCCAUCAUCCAGAGCUUCGUCAGGGACAGCCGCACCGAGGCCGCGGGUCCCGCGGGGCCGGCGCGGCGCGGGGCGGGGCCGGGCCCAGGUGAGGAGGGGCUGCGCGACAUGAACAAGAAGCUGCAGAACCUCCUGGAGGAGCAGCUGACCAAGAACCUGCACCUGGCACAGGACCUGGAGUCGCUGUCCCAGGAGCUGGCGCAGCUCAGGAAGGAACAGGCGGCC